CGUAAUUAGAUUGUCAUGGCACGGAUUGCUACUCCACACGAGCUGAUACGAUGGACCAAGUUCAGACUGGGUCUAAAUCUGGAGCCGACAGAGUUUGUAUCGCAGGGCGGCUCAUCUGAGAAACCCGACGAGAGAGGAAGAAUGCGGCCGUCGCUGUCGCAAGAGAGAGUAGAGAGAGGGAGAGAGAGUUCAUGCAUGCACGCAAGGGGGCACGGCGUUCGAGGCCUUCCGAGGGCGCAUCUCGGAGUGUGUGGAUGCUGAAUAUUUUUAGAUCCCAUGACGUGGUCGGUCGGGCUUCUGCCAUGUCCGAGGCUCUUGCGUCUCCGUUACCGCAAGCUUCCGAUGCCGAACUCCUCGGGCCCACUUGCAACGCCCAGAACAGCAUCUGCGUCGCUUUUGGGGGCCUCCAUAUGGCCCAUCCUCAACACCACUCCCCUCCUUGUCGACUGGCGAUUUCCCUCGCCCGCUCCAGAGGGUGCUGCAGCGCAACCUCGCUCGUCCACCGGACUUUAUGCUGCAAGUGAGUAAUUUCAUCCGGUCAGGGACAGGAUUCCUUAGGGCGUGCGAUCGUUGGAAUUUCUGGCCGUGUUCUUUCCGUACGCCUUCUGGUUGUCGUUUGGAUUUGGAUUUCGAGAUGAAAUCGUUUCGUACUCGGAGAAUGCGGGAUUCAAAAAAUGCAUCAGAGAUCAGUUCGUCACAGAGUAAAAAUUGUUCUGUAGAUGCCUGGAAUUCUGAAUAGCGAGGGCACGGUAUCCUGUGGCUUUGCUUCCUGCAGGGGAAGCAGAAAUUUUGAGACGAAGUUGCUCAGGAAAAUUCUCAAAAACUUUGCGAGUCGAAGUGCCCACGUCAAUUUGUUCUGCCUCUGCAUCCUUUCAAACCUUGUCUGCGAAAAUGCCAGAAAUCAUACCUCGCUCUAUACCACCGCUAGGAUCUCUUAAGGCUGUUCUGUUCGACGUAGACGGCACUCUUUGUGAUUCAGAUCCGCUGCAUUAUGCGGCCUUCCGUGACAUGCUUCAGGAGAUUGGAUACAAUGGAGGAGUACCGAUUACUGAGGAGUUCUUCGUAAAAUACAUCAGUGGCAGGUUCAAUCCUGAUAUAGGACGUUUUCUCUUCCCCGAGUGGGAAGUGGCCGCUCAAACUAAAUUUACGGAAGACAAGGAAGCUUAUUUCAGAAGGAUGGCUGCCAAUCAGUUGGAAGCUCACAAGGGACUACACAAGUUUUGUGAAUGGCUGAAGAAGAAGAAUAUAAGAAGAGCAGCUGUGACAAAUGCACCUCGACUAAAUGCUGAGCAGAUGAUUGCGGGUAUUGGUCUGGGUGAUUUCUUUGAACACCUGGUCAUUGGUAGCGAAUGUACUCGAGCAAAGCCCUUUCCAGAUCCCUAUUUGACGGGACUUACUGCUCUUGGACUUCCAGCUGAUCAAGCUUUUGUUUUCGAGGACUCACCUGCGGGAAUAAAAGCAGCUGUUGCUGCCGAGUUGGCAGUCGUGGGAAUACUUGCAGGGAACCCCCGUGCCAGCCUGCUGGAGGCAGGGGCAAGCUUUGUGAUCGAGAGUUUCGACGACCCUGCCCUGUGGAAAGCUCUGGGAGAAGAAGACUCGUCCCAACGAGAGUUGUGAGCUUUGGGUCAUGGCAAUAAGCCGUGUUUUCUCGACAUUACCAUUUUUGACAGCUUCAUUCAUAUUUUAUCGCCGUGUCACACUAUGGGUGUAGCUUCUAGCCCCACCCACGGAUGCCUACACACGUCUUCAAUUGUCAAGGUCUCCAUCCAAGUAUCUGGUCCGUAGGGAUAGGGACCGAUACGUUCAAGCAGAUCAAUAGCAUCUCCGCUGAACAGCCCUCGGCGGAGCGUGUGAGUAUCUACGGUGUGUGCUCUAAUCGUCUCGAGAGAUUGCCAACUUCCACGCAUCAUUGAGAACAAAAUUAAGCCCAGAUCUCUGACAUUGGUCAGGUCUGGCGUUGGCCUCAGAAGCCAUUAGGCGGAGUUCAGGGCUGAUGUAACAAGUCGGGUCGAAGUUGUUGGCAUCGGAGGUCGCCAGAUGUUGAAUCCAAAAAGCGUUUUAUAAUCAAUGAGUCUGGGAUGGAGAAAUUCAGAGUCCGAGGCAUCGAAGACUGUAUUAUCGCA